AUGCCCUCCUUCCUGUUGCUGGGAGCUGUCUGUGUUUUCAUGUUUCCCACAGUGUCCCUAUCCUUCCCUCUUCAGGAAGUCCACGGAAGCAGGGAGACCAUUGGGAGGAUUUCAGCUGCCAGCAAAGUGAUGCAGUGCUCAGCUGCGGUGGACAUCCUGUUCCUGCUGGAUGGCUCCCACAGUGUCGGGAAAAGGAGCUUUGAGAGGUCCAAGCACUUUGCCAUCGCGGUCUGUGAUGCUCUGGACAUCAGCCCCGAGAGGGUCAGAGUGGGAGCGGUCCAGUUCAGUUCCACCCCUCAUCUGGAAUUCCCCUUGGAUUCGUUCUCAACCCGACAGGAAGUGAAGGCAAAACUCAAGAGGACGAUUUUCAAAGGAGGAAGCACAGAGACGGGCCUGGCUCUGAAGUACCUUCUGCGCAGAGGGUUCCCAGGGGGCAGGAAUGCCACUGUGCCCCAGAUCCUCAUCGUGGUCACGGAUGGGAAGUCCCAAGGGCACCUUGCUCUGCCAGCCAACCAGCUGAAGGACAGGGGUGUCACCGUGUUCGCUGUGGGGGUCCAGUUUCCCAGGUGGGAGGAGCUGCACACUCUGGCCAGCGAGCCCAGGGAGCAGCACGUGCUGUUUGCUGAGCAGGUGGCAGAUGCCACCAACGGCCUCUUCAGCACCCUUGGCAGCACCGCCGUCUGCACCGUGGCCCCACCAGACUGCAGGGUGGAACCCCACCCCUGUGAACGCAGGAUGUUGGAGACGGUCAGAGAGCGUGACGGCAGUGCCCUGUGCUGGAGAGGGUCAUCGCAGACCAACGCUGUACUGGCCUCACGCUGCCCCUUCUACAGCAGGAGGAGAGUGUUCCUAAGCCACCCUGCUACCUGCUAUAGGACCAUCUGCCCAGGUCCUUGUGACUCUGAGCCCUGCCAGAAUGGGGGCACCUGUGUUCCAGGAGGCCUGGACGAAUACCACUGCAUCUGCCCGCUGGCCUUUGGAGGAGAGGCCAAUUGUGCCCCAAAGCCGAGCCUGGAGUGCAGGAUCGACCUCCUCUUCCUGCUGGACAGCUCGGCGGGCACCACGCUGGAGGGCUUCCUGCGGGCCAAGACCUUCGUGAAGCGGUUUGUGGAGACCAUGCUGGAUGAGGACUCCCGGGCCCGCGUGGGCGUGGCCCACUACAGCUGGGAGCUGGUGGUGGCGGUGCCGGUCGGGGAAUACCAGGAUGUACCGGGCUUGGUGCGCAGCAUCGAUGGCAUCCCCUUCAGGGGUGGCGCCACCCUGACCGGCGGCGCCUUACGGCAGGUGGCAGAGCGUGGCUUUGGGAGCGCCACCAGGGCGGGCCAGGACCGUGCACGCAGAGUGGUCAUCCUGCUCACUGAGGCACGGUCCCAGGACGAGGUGGCCGGCCCGGCACGCCACGCACGUGCCCAAGAGCUGCUGCUGUUGGGCAUGGGCAGCGAGGCCACGCGGGCAGAGCUAGAGGAGAUCACUGGUAGCCCGGAGCAUGUGAUGGUCUACGCCGACCCGCCAGACCUCUUGCACCAAAUCCCCGAGCUUCAGAGGAAGCUCUGCAGCCAGCAGCGUGCAGGCUGCCAGGCCCAGUCGCUAGACCUGGUCUUCAUGCUAGACGCCUCAGCCUCUGUAGGGCCAGAGAACUUUGCUCAGAUGCAGGGCUUCGUGAGAAGCUGUGCCCUCCGGUUUGACGUGAACCCCGAUGUGACACAGGUUGGCCUGGUGGUAUACGGCAGCCGGGUACAGACAGCCUUUGGGCUGGACACGCAUCCCACUCAGGCCGCUGUGCUACGGGCCAUGAGCCAGGCCCCCUACCUGGGUGGGACGGGCUCAGCUGGCACGGCCUUACUGCACAUCCAUGACAAGGUGAUGACCGUCCAGAGAGGUGCCCGGCCUGGCGUCCCCAAGGCCGUGGUGGUGCUCACCGGUGGUUGGGGGUCAGAGGACGCAGCUGUCCCUGCUCAGAAGCUGAGGAACAACGGCAUCUCCGUGUUGGUUGUGGGUGUGGGGCCCAUCCUGAGGGAGGCAUUACAGAGGCUUGCAGGCCCCCGGGAUGCCCUGAUCCACGUGGCGGCUUACGGAGACCUGCGGUACCACCAGGAUGUGCUCAUCGACUGGCUGUGUAAAGAAGCUAAACGGCCAGUCAACCUGUGCAAACCCAGCCCAUGCAUGAACAAGGGCACCUGCGUGCUGCAGAACGGGAGCUACCGCUGCGUGUGCCACGAUGGCUGGGAGGGCCCCCACUGUGGGAACCGUAAGUGA